ACAAUAUCGAUCGAUCAUGUAAAUAAUGGAUGAAAAUGGUAGCAAGGAGUCCAAUAAAUUGAAGAUAGAAGAAGAAGAGAGUGAUUUGAAAGUAGAAGUAUGGAAAUACAUAUUUGGUUUCGUUGAAAUGGCAGUAAUAAAAUGUGCGAUUGAGCUCAAAAUAGGAGACACCAUUGAAAGCAAUGGAGGUUCCAUGACACUCUCCGAGCUAUCUUCUUCUUUAAACUCUUCUCCUUUGCUUCUACACCGAGUCUUGCGGUUCCUUGUUCAUCGAGGCAUUUUCAAAGAAGAAAAAGCCACACAAAGCUACUCUCAAACGCCCAUGUCUCGGCUGCUCACAACCACUGGACCAAAUAGCUUGGCUCCCAUACAUCUCUUAGAGAGCAGCCCUGCGAUGGUUGCACCAUGGCACUACUUGAGUGCAUGUCUUAAAGCCAAUGAUCAUGAGAAUGAGAGCCAGCCUUUUGAGUUGGCUCAUGGGAUGGACCUGUGGAGUUAUGCUUCAGCCAAUCCAUCGCACAACAAGUUGGUGAAUGAGGCCAUGGCUUGCUUUGCUAGGGUGGUCAUUUUGCCUGCAGUGCUUCAAAGGUGUGGGGAGAUUUUUGAUGGAGUUGGAAGUUUGGUUGAUGUUGGAGGAGGAAAUGGGACAUGUUUGAGUAUUUUAGUGAAGGCUUGUCCUUGGAUUAAAGGCAUUAAUUUUGAUCUUCCUCAUGUUGUGUCUGGUUCACAAGAGUAUGAAGGUGUUCAACAUGUUGGUGGCAAUAUGUUUGAUUCUAUCCCUAAGGCUGAUGCUGCUUUCAUCAUGGAGGUUCUACAUGAUUGGGAUGAUGAAGAAUGCAUAAAAAUUUUGAAAAAUGUCAAAGAGGCCAUUCCUAAAAAGACGGGAAAAGUGAUAAUUGUUGAAGUGGUGAUUGAUGAAAAUGAAAAAAUUAGCCAAUUAUCAGAUAUAAGGUUAAUGAUGGAUAUGAUAAUGAUGGCUCAUACCAUUAAGGGUAAAGAAAGAACAAAUGUGGAAUGGGCCAAUGUUCUUCAAAAGGCUGGUUUUAGUCACUAUACAAUCACUCCUACUACAAGCAUCCAAUCUGUUAUUCAAGCUUUUCCUUGAUAUCAAUCAAAUAAAUUUCAUGUAUUGGUAAUUAUUGCUUCU